AUGGAGCCUAGCGUUAUCGUGGAGGAGGUGCGCCGAAGCUCCUCUCGGCCGUUUUUCUCGAACGGUCUAUGCAAGCUUCUGGAGCUGACUAGCGUAUAUGGAACCGGUGACGGCGCGGCCUUGCGAGAGCAGCUCAUGAAACACCAUUCCCCUCGAAUCCCAGAAGCAACAAAGGAGAUACUUCUUGGUGUGGAGGUCCGAUUUGGCUUGCGUCGGCGGGUCUUCUCCACGCGCGGCACGGUGGACGUUAGAGUCAUAGAGGACGCAACUCUCAUCUUCAGUAAUAAGAUCUUCGAGAAACUCCUUUCGAUGCGAGCGAACGAGAGAUUGACAGAUGGAUAUCCGGGUGAACCGGGUGCCAUCCGUCAAGGUGUGAAGGAUCCAUCGAGCCACGUCGAGAAUGGCGGAGUCUUCGACAAUGUGGAGGCGUUCCGGCCGGGGCUUGUCUUCGAAGUCGGUGUCUUCGCUUGUGAAGCGAGCGAACCAGUGCUUGACAGUGUUGAUGGUAGUGGUGCCCUCGCCCAAUCUGCUGUUGAGGUUGCCGGCUGCUGCCGUUGCUCCAAUGCCGCCACUUCAUUCAUAGAAGAUGGUAGCUCGAACCUAACGGAUGGCGAUAUCGACGACCUCAACAAAAGCCUUGACGAUUUGCGGCUCGACAGCGAUGCUAAAGCUCCUGAUGGUGUGGAUGACAUGACUCCUGUUGUUGUUUCUGACACUGAAGAAUCCGAUUCUGACAUCUCAGACGACGACAACGACGAAGAAGCAGAGAGCACUUGA